GCUGGCUUGGUAACUAUCUGGCUCACUCCAGUUUGGCUGAGCAGCAUCGCCCAGAUGAUGCGCCCAUCCGUCUGCCCGGGUCGUGCCAGCACUGUCCAGUUCUCGUGCCCCAUCUAUCGGUUGGAGGACGAGGGUAAAGUGGUCAUUGACAUCAUGCGGAUAGGGGUGCUCUCUGGUAGCGCUCAGGUGAACGUCUACACGGAGGAUGGCUGCGGGAAGGCAGGUGAACGGUACAAUGCUUUAUCCCAGGUCGUUUCUUUUGAGCCUUGGGAGUACGCAAAGACAGUGGAUAUUGAAAUUGUCCAAAGCGACGCUUGGGCACCGACCCUGGAAUUCAAGGUGAAGCUUGACAAUCCCAAAGGUUGUGAACUGAGCAAAGAUCUCAAUGUAUGCCGGGUCAAGGUCAUCGACAACGACGUUUUCCCUUCGGGCAAGUACGAGACAGAAAUACGAUCUGGCGAGGGAGACAUCCGUAACAUCAGCGGGGUUGGACUGUUUGUCGAAUUCUGCAAGCUUGUCUUCAUGAGCAACAAAGACAUGUGUUGGAGGACACUCCUCACCAUCGUUCUAGAUCAAAUGAAGAAUUGUUACAUGUACUUCCUUCUCGUAGCGAAGGCUUAUCUGGUCAACGUGGUUUUCAAUCUUAAGAGCCAUCAGCUGCGCGAUCCACACAGGAUUGGCCUGGCGCGCGCGAUUGGCGUGUUCUACAUGGCCCCGAUGGUGGCCCUGCAUAUCUGGGACUUUACGAAGAUCGGCAUGGACAGCCGGGGGCGCGUUCGCCUCUGGAUCCGGGAGAGUCUCUUCCGAAAGUAUCUUAAUUAUCCAGUUCGCGGCGUCGAGGGCUCAGGUGCCCCCUGCCAGGAUGCAGACCGCCAUCACCGAGGACGCAGGAGCUUUGGCUGA